CGGUGGACGGCAACGACCCGAUUCUCAUUUGCCUCUCUGUCGAGCUUUGCUUCUCCAGUUUAUAUUCUCCUCCUUGCUCUUCGCUGAAACCAGAAGCUACCAGGCUCGGUUCCUUUGAUUGCAAGGAAACACUGCAUAUUCGUUCCGAUCGGAAGAAGAUCUGCGGGAAGGAGAAAGAUGUUUGGGAGGGCGCCAAAGAAGAGCGACAACACGAGGUAUUAUGAAGUUCUCGGCGUGUCGAAGAACGCGUCGCAGGAUGAUUUGAAGAAGGCGUAUCGCAAGGCGGCUAUUAAGAACCAUCCUGAUAAGGGCGGUGAUCCCGAGAAGUUUAAAGAAUUGGCCCAAGCUUAUGAGGUGUUGAGUGAUCCUGAGAAGAGGGAUAUAUAUGAUCAAUACGGUGAAGAUGCUCUCAAGGAAGGAGUAGGAGGUGCUGCUCAUGAUCCAUUUGACAUUUUCCAGUCUUUCUUCGGCGGUAGCCCCUUUGGUGAUCGGGGCAGUAGCCGUGGACGCAGGCAGAAAAGAGGAGAAGAUGUUAUUCAUCCAUUAAAGGUCUCCUUGGAAGAAUUGUACAAUGGAACUUCGAAGAAACUUUCACUUUCUAGGAAUGUUCUUUGCUCAAAAUGCAAAGGGAAGGGAUCUAAAUCCGGUGCUUCAAUGAAAUGCUCUGGUUGUGAAGGUACAGGCAUGAAAGUCUCAAUUCGCCAUUUGGGACCAUCGAUGAUUCAACAGAUGCAGCAUCCUUGCAAUGAAUGCAAAGGGACGGGCGAGACCAUUAAUGACAAGGAUCGGUGUCCACAGUGCAAAGGUGAGAAGGUUGUGCAGGAAAAAAAGGUUCUUGAGGUCUUCGUAGAGAAGGGUAUGCAGAAUGGGCAGAAAAUCACCUUCCCUGGUGAGGCCGAUGAAGCGCCUGAUUGUAUCACGGGCGACAUCGUGUUUGUACUGCAACAAAAGGACCAUCCCAAGUUCAAACGAAAGGGUGACGAUCUCUUUGUUGAGCACUCUCUCUUCCUUACAGAUGCCCUCUGCGGUUUCCGCUUCGUGCUGACCCAUCUCGAUGGCAGGCAGCUUCUUAUUAAAUCAAACCCUGGAGAAGUUGUCAAGCCUGAUCAAUUCAAGGCAAUCAAUGAUGAGGGCAUGCCGAUGUACCAGAGGCCAUUCAUGAAAGGCAAGCUUUACAUCCAUUUCAACGUCGAAUUCCCGGACUCGCUGAAUCCAGACCAGUGCAAAGCUCUCGAGGCGAUUCUUCCUGCGAGGACCCGAACUCAGCUUACAGACAUGGAGCUUGACGAGUGCGAAGAGACGACCUUGCAUGAUGUGAACAUGGAGGAGGAGAUGAGGAGGAAGCAGCAAACUCAAGCUCAGGAGGCAUAUGAUGAGGACGAGGACAUGCAUGGCGGUGCUCAGAGAGUGCAGUGCGCUCAGCAAUAAGGCCACCUUGAUUGACCUGAUUGUUUUGUUACUAGUC